AUGGCUGCGUUUUUCGAUCCUCGCCGCGCCGCAGGCAGAAGUUUAAACGAAGAUCAGGUAAUACAAUUGCUGGCCGACGGGAACUUAUCUGACGUCGAUGAAUUUGAAGACGAUGACGACGAUAUCCAACCCUGCGUUUUGGAAGAUAUAUUCACAGAAGCCGAGCCUGAACCACAGCUGUUAACAGCACUGGAGCCGGAAAAUAUUCCUGGAUCAUCACAACCAACUUCGCGGCCACCUUCUCGAAAGAGAGUUUGGAAGCAGGUACCUUUCAAAGAUCGUAGUCAUGACUAUGCUCCAUUGCCCGUGACUCCUGUCAAAACUCCAAUGGAGUAUUUCGCAGACUAUUUCGAUAGAGACUUUUUUGAUGAAAUUGCCAGAUGCACAAAUAUGUACCAUCAUAGAAAAACUGGCCAGGAACUGAAACUUACGUCGGUUGAAGUAUCCAGAGUUUUUGCAAUACACAUCAUCAUAGGAUGUAUUCCCUACCCCCGUGUCCCAAUGUAUUGGAGAGGUGGAAUAAAACUGGAAAUAAUAACUCAACAAAUGGCUCGUGAUAGGUUUUUGACUGUCCGUAAUGCAUUGCACGUCGUUGAUACUGACGAAGCCCCGCCGAGUGAGAGUAGCAAUCCACUGUGGAAAGUGCAGCCGAUGAUUGACCGGUUAAAACAAACAUGUAAUAAACUUGAAAGAGUUCCUGGCUUCUACUCCAUUGACGAGCAAAUGGUACCAUUUACUGGUAGAUGUAUUCUUCGUCAAGUAGUCCGAAAUAAACCGCGCCCGGUGCGUCUGAAGAACUUUGUGCUGACCACAAGUGAAGGCUUGAUGCUUGACUUUGACAUUUAUCGAGGAGCAAAAACCAUGUUUGGAGAUACAUCUCUUGGACUUGGAGCUUCUGUGGUUCUGCAUCUGGUGAAAAGUGUCCCGCCCGGAAGCUGUGUCUAUCACGACAGAUAUUUUACCAGUGUUCCGCUAAUUGAAGAGAUGACUAAGAGGAAUCUUCACAGCACGGGAACAAUUAUGUUCAAUAGGAUCCCUGAACGUGCUGUAAUUAAAUUUAAACCAGAUGCUAGGAUGGCUCGUGGAGAAUCGCAGCAGUAUAUUUGCGAACCGACUGUCAUCGUCAAAUGGAAGGACAAUAAGUCGAUUACAAUGGCGUCAAACUGCACCGGCUCAUCCUCAUCUUCAAUCGUCAAGAGAUGGGAAAAACGCACGAAGAUAUCCAAGCGUGUCACGUCAUUUAUUAAGGCAGCUAUGGCUGGAGGUGACCGAUUGCAACCCAUAAGAAGC